CAGGAGGAGAGGGAGCAGCCCAAAGCUGCAUCAGGGGAAGCUCGGGUUGGACAUCAGGAGGAAUUUCUCCAUGGAAAGGGUUUCAGGCAUUGGGAGUGCCCAGGGAGGUUGGGAGUGCUCAUCCCUGGAGGUGUCCAAGGAAUUCCUGGAGGUGGCACUCAGAGCUCUGGGCUGGGGACAAGGUGGGCGUGGGGCACAGCUGGGACUCCAUGGGCUGGGAGGUUUUUUCCAGCCUAAAGGAUUUUGGGAUUCUGUGUUUCUGCCCUCACGGAGAUAGAUAAAGCACUGCCCCCAGUGCUGGCUGGGCUGCUCCAUCCCCGGGCUCCGGGAAUGCUGCAGGACCUGGCACCCAGGGGUCCAACAGCUGCUCCUCUUCCAUUCCAGGGCUCGGGAUGGACUUCCUGACGCUCUUCCUGAUUUACCUGUGCUCUGUGCUCGCCCUCACUGCCCUGCUGUGCCUCUGCUCGGGGAGGAAGGAGAGUUUCCUCGCAAGGAGUGUCAACAGGGCAAGCCAGGUCUUGUCACUGGUGAUCCCCACCCAGCUCCAGAGGGUGACACACCGGGCGCUGCACAGGCUCUUCCACACAAGGAGCUGUUUGUUUGUGGUCCUGCACGUAGCCCUGCAGGCAGCAGUGUUUGGGGAAUACACCUGGGAAGUGUUUGUGUACUGCUGGGAGCUGCAGUUCCACCUCCUGCUCCUGCUCCUGCCCUACCUGCUGCUGGCUGGGAACCUGGGCUGCUUCCUGCUCUGCUCCCGGGCCAACCCUGGUACAGUAACGAAAUCCAACGCUGCAUCCCUGGUUAAGGUUUAUGCCUAUGAUGGGGUGUUGUUUCAGAGAGGCCUCGUGUGUCCCACGUGCACCGUGGAGAAACCAGCCAGGUCCAAGCACUGCAGUGUCUGCGGGACGUGCGUGCAUCGCUUUGACCACCACUGCGUGUGGGUCAACAACUGCAUCGGGGCCUCCAACGCCGGCGUGUUCCUGCUCUACCUGCUGUCCCUGACGGCCACCGCCGGGGCCGUGGCUGCUGUCACGGCUGCGCUCCUCGCCCAGGUGCUGCUGCUCUCCAACAUCAUGCAGGGCACCUACCUGGAUGGCCAGGGACAGGAGCACCCCGUGGAGAUUGCCUUCCUCGUGCAGGAUUGUCUUCAUGCUGGGGUUUGUCAUCCUGCUCACACUCGUGCUGGGGGGAUACUGCUCCUUCAGUCUGUAUUUGGCCCUCACCAACCAAACCACCAAUGAAUGGUGCAAAUCCCGAAGAUUUGGGGGCUCCCCCCAGCUCCCCUCACAGCCUCAUGACAGACCCCUCGUCUACAAAAACAUUUAUUCUAAAGGGAUCUGGAGGAAUUUAAAGGAAAUCUUUAACCCUCCUACCGUGUUGGAAAGAAAGAAGAAAACAUGAAGGUAUUAUUGUU